AUGCCAACUCGAAAGCCUAGCAAGUAUGGGAACAACUUAAGGUCCAAGAAAUCAUCCUACAAUCCUCGCAAUACGAAAACCGUUCAGCUUUCUGCGCUUAGAUCCUCCGAAGCUACCUCUCAGGAUGAAAAGCUGCAGGCCACCAGACUGGCCCACAGCAUCGAUGAGUCAAUGGGAUUUGCACGUUAUGAGUCUGGCAAGAAAAGAGUGGGAUGGCUCUGCAAUAUGCAUAGCACGACCAUAGAGGAUUCCAAAGUACCCGGUGGACGAGCCGGUGUCGACUUCUACUUUCUUAGCGAUGACGGAGAAAAUUUCAAGGCUACCGUACAAUAUGAUCCCUAUUUCCUGAUCGCAGUCAAGCGAGGGCGAGAAGCAGAAGUGGAAGAGUGGUGCAAGAGAAUAUUUGAAGGACUUGUAAAGACAGUCAGCAGGAUUGAGAAGGAGGAUCUGCAGAUGCCCAACCAUCUGCUUGGAUAUAGACGGACCUUUUUGAAGCUUUCCUUUGCAAAUGUGUCUGAUCUUCUGUCAGUACGGAAAACAAUCAUGCCUAUCGCGGAGAAGAAUAAAAGCAGCCUCAAUGCAAUGGACACUUACGCAGAAGUAGCCGGUGCGAGUGCGGGCUUUGAUAUUUUUGAUGAACGGCCUGACGAGAAACGAUCUAGUGGCAUUAUGGAAGCGAGUAAUUCUAUCGUUGACAUUCGAGAGUACGACGUUCCCUAUCACGUUAGGCUAACCAUCGACAAGAACAUACGAAUUGGAAAGUGGUACAGGGUUGAGGCCAACCACGGUCAGAUAUCCCUGACUUGUAUUGAAGACCGACUUCAGCGAGCCGAUCCGGUAGUGCUUGCCUUCGAUAUCGAGACAACAAAACUGCCUCUGAAAUUCCCUGACGCAGCAAUUGAUCAAGUUAUGAUGAUUUCAUACAUGAUUGACGGCCAGGGCUUCUUGAUUACUAACAGGGAGAUUGUGUCAGAGGAUAUUGCUGAUUUUGAAUACACACCCAAGCCGGAAUACGAUGGUCCCUUUUUGAUUUUCAAUGAACCAGACGAGAAAGCUGUUCUGGAACGCUUUUUCCUCCACAUCAAGGAGGCCAAACCCACAGUCAUUGCUACUUAUAACGGCGACUUCUUCGAUUGGCCUUUCGUCGAGGCAAGAGCAAGUGUGCUUGGUGUCGACAUGUACGCAGAAAUUGGAUUCAGGAAAAACAGUGAAGAUAUAUAUCAGAGCAAUUACUGUGUGCAUAUGGAUUGCUUCAGCUGGGUCAACCGAGACAGUUACCUGCCACAAGGCAGCAGGGGCCUGAAAGCUGUAACCGUUGCGAAAUUAGGGUAUGAUCCUGACGAGCUGGAUCCUGAGUUGAUGACGCCUUAUGCCAGCGAACGACCGCAGACGUUAGCUGAGUACUCGGUUUCGGAUGCAGUUGCAACUUAUUACCUGUACAUGAAAUAUGUGCAUCCCUUCAUAUUCUCUCUGUGUACAAUAAUUCCGCUCAACCCAGAUGAUACUCUUCGAAAAGGCACGGGAACACUUUGCGAAAUGCUGCUCAUGGUGCAAGCAUAUCAGAAGGAUAUUGUGUUGCCAAACAAGCACAAAGAGCCUAGGGAAGCCUUUUGGGAAGGUCAUUUGCUUGAGUCCGAAACCUACGUUGGCGGCCAUGUGGAGAGUAUCGAAGCUGGAGUUUUCCGUGCAGAUAUUCCUGUCAACUUUGCCAUCGACCCGUCGGCCAUCGAUGAGCUACUCGGCGAUCUCGACGCAGCGUUGAAAUUUUGUAUAACAGUUGAAGAGAAGAAAUCGCUUAAUGACGUGACGAAUUAUGAAGAGAUCAAAGCACAAAUCUCGGGAAAGCUGCAUAGCCUCAAGGAUAACCCGAACAGGCACGAAAGGCCUCUCAUUUACCAUCUGGAUGUUGCGUCUAUGUAUCCAAACAUUAUGACCACGAAUCGACUUCAGCCCGACUCUAUGAUCACAGAGUCAGAUUGCGCAGCGUGCGAUUUCAAUCGGCCAGGAAAGACUUGUGACAGAAGAUUACCCUGGUCAUGGAGAGGGGAGUUCCUCCCCACAAAACGUGACGAAUAUAACAUGAUUCGCCGUGCUGUCUCGAACGAAACAUUUCCGGGCAAGUCCAAACAGAGUCCUCAUCGAACAUUCGACCAACUCAGUCUCGAUGAGCAAGCAGCCAUUGUCAAAAAGCGUUUGCAAGACUACUCGAAAAAAAUCUAUCACAAGAUUCACGACACCAAAACGAUCGAACGAGAAGCUAUCAUCUGUCAACGGGAGAAUCCCUUCUAUGUUGACACGGUACGAAAUUUUCGCGAUAGGCGCUAUGACUUCAAAGGUCAGCAGAAGGUCUGGAAGGGAAAGACGGAAACGUUGAAGUCCUCAGGCGCAUCUACUGCAGAAAUAGAAGAGGCUAAGAAGAUGAUUGUUCUGUUCGACUCCCUCCAGUUAGCCCAUAAGGUCAUCCUGAACAGCUUUUAUGGUUACGUGAUGAGAAAGGGGUCCCGGUGGUAUUCAAUGGAGAUGGCUGGCGUCACAUGUCUUACAGGAGCCCACAUCAUCCAAAUGGCUCGAGAGCUUGUUGAGAGAAUCGGCCGGCCCCUUGAACUGGACACCGAUGGAAUCUGGUGUAUGUUGCCCGCAACAUUUCCGGAGAACGUGGUCUUCACGCUUCAAAAUGGCAAGAAAAUGGCCGUUUCUUAUCCAUGUGUCAUGCUGAACCAUCUUGUCCAUCAAAAAUUCACCAAUCACCAGUAUCAGACCCUUACGAAUCCAGUGACUUUCAAGUAUGAAACCCGCAGCGAGAACUCGAUCUUUUUCGAGGUUGACGGACCCUACAAGGCGAUGAUCCUCCCAACUUCAAAGGAAGAGGACAAGAAUCUAAAGAAAAGAUAUGCCGUGUUCAAUCAUGAUGGGAGCUUAGCUGAACUGAAAGGCUUCGAGGUAAAGCGCAGGGGAGAGUUAAAAUUGAUUAAAAUCUUCCAGACGCAGAUCUUCAAGUUUUUCUUGGAAGGCACUAACUUGACGGAGACGUACGGUGCAGUCGCCAGAGUCGCUAACCGAUGGCUUGAUGUUCUACAUUCACACGGUGCCACGCUCGCUGAUGAAGAGCUCAUUGAUCUGAUCUGCGAGAACAAGAGCAUGGCUAAGACGCUUGAAGAGUAUGGAGCACAGAAGUCGACUUCCAUUACGACUGCCAAACGAUUAGCAGACUUCCUCGGAGAGCAAAUGAUCAAGGACAAAGGCCUCAAUUGCAAAUACAUCAUCUCGUGCAAGCCAAAAAAUACACCCGUCACAGAGCGCGCUCUCCCGGUUGCCAUUUUUUCUGCGGAGGACAGUGUUAAAAAAUACUUCCUUCGCAAGUGGCUGAAGGAUGAUCCUGGGGACAUGGACCCCAGAAACGUCAUUGACUGGGACUAUUAUCUCGAACGGCUGGGAUCAGUCAUCCAGAAGCUUAUCACGAUUCCUGCUGCGCUGCAGAAAGUUCGGAAUCCAGUGCCAAGGGUAGCACAUCCAGAAUGGUUGCAGCGCCGGCUCAAUGUCAAGGACGACAAGUUUAAACAGAAGAAGGUGACCGACUUGUUCGAAAAGCGAGCACUGGGCCAGUUACCGCUCAAUAUCCUUGACCAUCGAUUACCUGGGUCUGGUGACAUUGAAGACGUGCUAUCGUCGCAGUUGAAGUCCAAGGUUCCUGAGCCUACCAAGACGGUGCAAAAGAGAAAAGCUCCCGAUGCUUUGAAAGCACCCAUGGAUCCCUUUGCAGCUUUGCCUCCCAAGAUGCCAUCGAUCCAGGAGGAUUACUCAUCGUGGCUACAGUAUCAGAAGCAGAAAUGGAGAAUUCAGAAACAGGCUCGAACCCGUCGUCGGCAACUUUUUGGAGAGCGACCAGCUGCCGCUUCCGAUGCACUGAGCAGCUUCUUCAGAAACCAGGCCGAGCUUCUUUUUGUGAAUACAUGGCAAGUCCUUCAACUACGCGAAACAGACUCACCUGGUGAAGUCAGAGCGUUUGUACUUAUUGGCAAGAAGGUACAUGCCCUCGCGGUCCGUGUGCCUCGCCAACUUUUCUUGAAUCUGAAAGGUCAGCAUCUGCCUGAUGUCGAGAUCUCUGGUUGCGAAGUUGAGAAAGUCAAUCACACAUUGCCCAAUGGCCAUCCAUCUGUUCAUUUGUUCAAGCUCACUCUGUCCGAAGUGUCAUACAUUCAAGAGUCGGAGAAUGUGUCAUUGCUUUGCAACCACCCUAGUGUCGAAGGCGUAUACGAGAAGCAAGUCCCACUGAGUAUCCGGGCAUUGCUCAAGUUGGGAAGCCUAUGCUCGUUUGACGAAACCCAAAAAGGAGUCCUUGGAAAAGGUUUGGAGCAAGGCUUCGAUCUGUCCGCUCUGCUGAGAAGCUCAUCUAAGGACCCGUACCUCUCAGAUCCGUCUGAGCUAGGCUAUUUGUUCCUCUAUCAUGUUGUAGCUGGUGAGAAGCAAGUAUUUGCUCUCUUCUCGUCCGAGCGGGCAGAGGCGCAGAUUGUGAUCCUCAACCGGAAGCGGGAGGCCCAAAGUCUUCCGAAUGUUGAUAAGAUCUAUUCGGAACAGCUUCUGCGCAAGACGGAGGAGGGUGAUGACCCAACCUGGCAAGCCACCUUUCAAUAUCAAGAUAAAGUUCAUUUCAAGACAAGUCAAGUCACCACAAAACGCAAGACUCACCUCGAAGUGGGCGAUCUAGUCAAAAAGUGGCGUAAUGAAGAGACUAAACCAAUGCUCUUAGUCAUUCAAUCUCCGCAGCAGCGUCAACUUGUUCACGACAUUACCAUUUUAAAAGAAUACCCUGUCCUUGCUCUUCGCUCUGAGACGUCUGAUUCCGAUCUACCUCCACUGGGUUGGCAGGCAUACGCAGCUAGGCGGUCAGUCUCGCACUACUUGACGUUGAGUUCCUGGAUAUCUCAUCUGGUUGAGCUGGCAAGGUAUGGUGAUGUGCCGCUUUGCAACCUUGCUUGUGAUGAUCCACGAUUCCUGGUAGACAUUGCGUAUGCUCGGCGACUACAACGGAGCAAUGUUGUUCUAUGGUGGUCUGAUAAGCCGAUCCCCGACCAAGCGGGUCAUGAAAAAGACGAUAUCCGCGGACCCCUGACUGAUAUGGUUGAGAUGCCCAAUAUCAACAAUGCAGGAGCCUAUUCUUCGGUCUGCGUUGAUCUAGAGGUGCGGAAUCUGGCUAUCAAUACCAUUCUCACAUCAUCUCUGAUCAAUGAGCUGGAGGGAUCCAACGGCUCAAUCAGCUUCAAUCCCGCGGCUGAUGAGAACAACAACGAUGAGAACGGGACAAUCGCUUCUGCAAGUGCAUUUGCAAAUGCUCCGCUGCUUGUUCUCCGCGAGAUGGUCAAAGCAUGGUGGGCUGAGGCGUGUAGGGGCAACUCACUCGCAGACGUGAUGGUGCAGCACCUUGUGCGCUGGGUCGAAAGCCCCACGUCAUUUCUGUAUGACCGUUCCCUCCACUACUAUGUACAGACCAUGUCGAAGAAGGCCUUCCAACAAUUGAUGACUGACUUCAGACGGGUCGGGUCGCAGACUGUCUUUGCCAGCUCGAAUCGGCUGCUCCUCCAAACCAGCAAGCAAGAUGUCGGCAAUGCCUAUGCUUAUUCUCAGUAUAUCAUCAAAAGCAUACAGCAGAAACCACUCUUCCACUUCCUGGAUCUGCAAGUGAAAGACUACUGGGACACGCUUAUCUGGUAUGAUGCAUAUAACUAUGGCGGCAAAGGCACGUCGGUGAUUGACGAGCACACCGAUAGCACGAACCUCGAGACUAUCAUGCACUGGCAAUUGUCGCGAUUCUUGCCGCUUCCUUUGCAAGCCGAUUUCGAUCACUGGGUCGUGGAAUACAUCGACUUGGUGCAUCGGUUGAAGCGGCCACCGAUCACCGCCGAUGAUAGUUCUUCAACACCAAGACCGACCCAGCUGCCCGCCACCUUUACCAGCCUCACUGAAGAUCCAACCAGCACAGAAGUCACUACCAUCCUCAAAGAACCAUUCAGCAAGCCCCUCAAGAAAGAAAUCAUGGCUCUUAUCCGCCGGCAGCGGGACGAGCUGCUUCACCCAGAGCUCGUCAGCGACUGGUCCUUCCCCUCCCUUCCAGGCGGCACUCUUGACACUCCCAACCGCAACCCGGUUCUCGAGCUGGUAAAGGCUCUGAUGCAAGUCAUGUCGCUAUCCAAACCGUUGCAACUGGAGACAAGGCUGCUGAGGAAAGAUCUUCUCGCCCUAUUCGAGGUGCGGGAAUUCUCCUCGGAAGGCCGCUUUGAAAAUCCGAGCAAGAGCCUCAAAUUUGAACAGUUGAGCUGCGAAUCGUGCACCAUGACACGGGACCUGGAUCUGUGCCGAGAUGAGGAUGUCCUUCCUUCGCCACCUGGACCAGACGGGGAAGUGGUAGAGAGCAAGGCCUGGAAAUGCAAGGCUUGCGGUGCAGAAUUCAAUCGGGUCGUACUGGAAGAAAAACUGAUUGCCAGAAUUCAACGGUGGGUGCUGGAGUGGCAGAUGCAGGACCUGAAGUGUGUCAAGUGUGGUGUGCUACAGGGUGACACGGCUGUGUUUGGCGAGCAUUGUACAUGUGGUGGAAAGUGGGAGGGUAGCGUGGAUAGGAAAGGUGUCAAGGAACGACUCGGAGUCAUGGAGCGUGUUGCCGGGGCGUAUGAGUUGAGACUGCUGGAGGCCGUUCUGGAUAGUAUUCGGGGGAUGAUGUGA